AUGGGCUCGCAUCCGGUACCAUCAGAAACUGACCGGGAGGAUAUCGCCAAUCUCGGCUUCACCCCCAUGAUCAAGGUCGACGAGCCGUGGACGGUCGAAAAGGUGGUCCAGAAACUACCCGGCGAUGCGCCCGUCGAGGGCUCCAGCUCGCCCAUUGCCUUUUUCCACAUGCUCGAGCGCCUCAAGACGACCAAGCGGGAAGGCUGGCGCCGCUUCGGCGUCGAACGGGGCGAGUCCAUUGCCGACCACAUGUACCGCAUGUCGCUCAUCUCCAUGUUCGCGCCGCCGUCGCUCGCGCCGCGGCUGGACCUCCCCAAGUGCAUCAAGAUGUGUCUGAUCCACGACAUGGCCGAGCUGCUCGUCGGCGACAUCACGCCCGUCGACGGCGUCCCCAAGCCCGAGAAGAGCCGCCGCGAGGCCUCUGCCAUGGACUACCUGGCGGGCGACCUGCUGCGCGGCGUCCCCGGCGGCGCCACGGGCGCCGAGAUCCGCGCCAUCUGGCAGGAGUACGAGGACGCCCAGACGCUCGACAGCCACUACGUGCACGACGUCGACAAGAUGGAGCUGCUGCUGCAGAUGAUGGAGUAUGAGCGCCGCAGCCGCGGCCGUCUCAACCUCUGCGAGUUCGCCUACGUCGCCGGCAAGAUGACCCUGCCCGAGACGCGCGCCUGGGCCGACGAGGUCAUUGCCGAGCGCGAGGCGUUUUGGUUAACCCAGGAACACGCCCACGGCGACAAGGGCCUCGACGAGACGCGCACCAAGCAGCAGGACGACUACUACCAGCGCGACUAG